AUGGUGAGUUCAAUGGAAGAGAAUGACCCAAAUGAGGUAGUGAAUUCUGCUGAUUACCUAUCAGCAGACGAAGGAACAGUUGCUGCUUCUGUGGCUCGACCAAUGAUCCAUGUUUACGACUCCGAUGAUGCUGACACAUCCGACGAUGAGUACCAUGAGGCAAGGAACAACCUUCGGGCAUAUGGAGAAAUGCGGAAGAGAAAGGUGAGAAUGAGGGCUGAUGGUCAUGGGGAGGAGGUGGAGCAGUUGGACGAGUUUGAAGAGGUGGAAUCUGAUGAGGAAGAGGUUGAAGAAGCUGGGGUUGACAACCUUGAUGUGAAUGAAGAGGAAAUAGAAGAUUCUGAAACUGAGGAAGUGCCACCAACUGAGCAAGCACGUAAGCAGACAAGUAAUCAUUCGAGCUACAGACUUUCCGAGGAGUCUGACCACGUGCGAGGUAACAUAUCUGAUGAGGCUAGUGCUGAUGUGUUCGACAACGCACCACACUACGAUCCUCAUUGUGAGGGUAAGUUCGAGUUUGUGGCUCGCAUGAGAUUCAAGGAUCCUGACCAGUUUAAGACUGCGGUGGUGAAGCAUUCUGUAGCAAAUGGGGCAUGUUUGAGGUGGACAAGGGUUAACCCUACGAGGAGGGAAGUGAAGUGUAAGAACGAGAGCUGUAAAUGGAAGGUGUAUGCAAGCUGGUUUAGGAAGAACCAGACUUUUAUGGUAAGAAAGGUAGGGCUGCCACAUUCAUGUUCAAGACAGCUUCGGGUGAAUCAAGUUACGGCGAAGUGGAUUGCGAUGGACAUGCUAGAGAGGUUCAGGAUCAAUCCUGAAUGGGCCCCAGAGCAGAUCAUGGCUGAAGUGAAACUGAAGCACAAUAUCGAGGUUAAAAGAAGGACAUGUUACAGGGCGAAAGUGGUAGCCAUUCGACUCCUUAGUGGCUCUUUGAAAGAUGAGUACACGAGGCUACGGUCAUACUUGGGUGAGCUGAAGAAACGAGACAGGUAA